AGGAAGGAGGGGGAAAGGCACCAACCAGCAGCCGCUCCAGCCCUGUCGAAGUUUCACUUUUUGUCUGUGGGUUCGCUCCCGGGCCCCGCGCGAGCUUUCCCGGGAUAAGUAGCUUUAGCGAGCGGCACAGAGCCGGGCGCCGCAAGGAAUUGAGGACAUCCUGACAGCGAGGGUAUUGGAAGCCAGACCAGUACCUGUGUUCUUAGAGCUCCUGGGGUCCCCUCCAGCCCCCACCCCAGGUGAUCUUCAGCAAGACCUCUGGUAGGAGCAUUGAGUCCCUGAGACAGAACUGAAGAUACAGCCUAGUCACUGGUUCGUUGUUCCCCUGGACACUCAUCAGAGGCAAGAUCCUGUUCCUCCAUUGACACUAGCGCUGCAGCUGUGUGUGCACUGAUCCUGUAAGAGCCAGCCAUCUGAGAUUCUACAACAAUGUCUCACCCAUCCUGGCUGCCACCCAAAAGCACUGGUGAGCCCCUCGGCCAUGUACCUGCACGGAUGGAGACCACCCAUUCCUUUGGGACCCCCAGCAUUUCAGUAUCUACACAGCAGCCUCCCAAGAAGUUUGCACCAGUAGUUGCUCCAAAACCCAAGUACAACCCGUACAAGCAGCCUGGUGGUGAGGGAGACUUUCUUCCACCACCACCUCCACCCCUAGAUGAUCCUGGUACACUUCCAUCUGGCUCCGGAAACUUCCCUCCUCCGCCAGCCAUUGACGAAGGCACCUUUAAGAUGCAGCAGGGCAAUCCUGGAGGCAAGACCCUUGAGGAGCGACGCUCCAGCCUGGACGCUGAGAUCGACUCCCUGACAAGUAUCUUGGCUGACCUGGAGUGCAGUUCCCCCUAUAAGCCGCGGCCCCCGCAGGGCUCUACUAGUUCAACAUCAUCUCCUCCAGUCUCCACACCUGUUACAGGACACAAGAGAAUGGUCAUCCCAAACCAACCCCCUCUAACAGCAACCAAAAAGUCUACAAUGAAACCACAGCCCGGCCCCCAAGCUGGCCCCAUUCCUGUGACUCCAAUAGGAACACUCAAACCCCAGCCUCAGCCAGUUCCAGCCUCGUACACCACGGCCUGUACCCCUACUAGGCCCACCUUUAACGUGCAAGUGAAGUCAGCUCAACCCAGCCCUCAUUACAUGGCGGGCCCUUCCUCAGCGCAGAUGUAUUGCCCAGGGCCCCACGGCUGUGGCAUUCAGCCAGCUCAUGUCACUGGGCCAUGUCCACCUCCUUCAGCUCGGCCUGGUACAGACUAUGCAUAUAUUCCACCACCUGUACUUCAACCUGAGCCUGGAUAUGGGUAUGCCCCCAACCAAGGACGUUAUUAUGAAACCUAUUGUGCAGCAGGGCCUUCCUAUGGAGGCAGAAAUGACUGUAAUCCUGCCUAUGGUCAACAAGGUCACCCGAGUACCUGGAAGCGGGAGCCAGGAUACAAUCCUCCUGUAGCAGGGAACCAGAACCCACCCGGCAUGUACACAGCCACUGGUCCCAAGAAGACCUAUGUGAUGGAUCCUGUUUCAGGCCCUGGUGCUCCACCACUGCAGCCAAAGGGUGGACACACAGUGUCAAUGGGGCCUGCAUCUGUCCCGCCUUCAUUUCGUCCAGAAGAUGAGCUUGAGCACCUGACCAAAAAGAUGCUGUAUGACAUGGACAAUCCACCUUCGGAAGAAUACUUCGGUCGCUGUGCUCGCUGCGGUGAAAAUGUAGUUGGGGAAGGUACGGGAUGCACCGCCAUGGAUCAGGUCUUCCACGUGGAUUGCUUUACCUGCAUCACCUGCAACAGCAAGCUCCGCGGGCAGCCCUUCUACGCUGUGGAAAAGAAGGCUUACUGCGAGCCCUGCUACAUCAACACCCUGGAGCGAUGCAAUGUAUGCUCUAAGCCCAUCAUGGAGCGAAUCCUCCGUGCCACGGGGAAGGCCUAUCACCCUCACUGCUUCACCUGUGUGAUGUGCCACCGCAGCCUGGAUGGGAUCCCCUUCACUGUGGACGCCGGUGGGCUCAUUCAUUGCAUCGAGGACUUUCACAAGAAAUUUGCUCCCCGCUGCUCUGUGUGCAAGGAGCCUAUCAUGCCGGCCCCAGGCCAGGAGGAGACCGUCCGCAUCGUGGCUCUGGAUCGCGAUUUCCACGUCCAAUGCUACCGCUGUGAGGAUUGCGGUGGUCUUCUCUCUGAAGGCGAUAACCAGGGCUGCUACCCACUGGAUGGACACAUCCUCUGCAAGACCUGCAACUCUGCCCGCAUCAGGGUGUUGACCGCCAAGGCGAGCACGGAUCUUUAGAUUCAGUCACCUGUUUAGCUGGUUGGUGGAUGGCGCUGAGAAGAGUGAUACACAAGGGAAACAAAUAGGAAAAUAGAGGAAAUGCAAUCAAUCUGUGAGAUGGUCUCAAUUCUUCAUCUGCUGUUAACUUUUGUUGAGAAACACAUAGUUGCUAAGAUUUUUUUCACUUCUCACCAAAAUACACAUUUCACAUUUAAUCAUGCAGGCCCUUGGUGGGCCUUUGUUCCAAGUACUUCCACAUUUUUGCACGGAUUAUGUUCCAUCCCAUUCACUUCUGCAUUCCUGUAACUUUUAAUCCCUAUGUUUGUCUCACUUUUCAUCUGGUUGAAUGGCUUUUUCUAGCGUGGUAUUUGCUGUCACACAGUUUUUCCUGGGUGAGACUGCCAACUCACAGGUGGUUUUAGGUUUAAAGUCUCCAUCCUAUCACUUCCAUGCUGCCUGUGAUUAGAAAGGUUAGCCAUUCUUUUGCCAUGGGUUUAAAAAUACAUUUUUCUGUUGCUCUAUACCACUUGUGUCCCUUGGGAGGAAUAUAUAAUUUCUGUAUUAAGGAUUUAAGUUGCAAACUACCUGAGUUACAAUAAGUUAAAAUUUAAUUUGUAUCCAUCCAAAUUUAAAAUCUCUAGUAACCAGUGGUCAGGGCUCAAUGAAAACAAUUAUCAGCUCACAGUUAAUGAGUGGUGAAAGAGAGCUGAGCUCCAAUUUUUUUCUAAACAAAUUAGAUUUGGGAUACAGUAGAAAAAGUAUUUGGGGGGAGUAUGUUUGAAAAACCCUUUAUCCUGCAACAGCCCCGCAGAUUUCCCUUUUCUAUGCUACCUGGACAAAAGACAGACAAACUUGGUUUUCUCUGGAAUCUAACAUGUCCAGUACCAUCCCACUCUUCAUCUUAGGAAGCUAAGAAUUGUCAUGGUUUUUCUAAGAUCCAAACACAACUACCAAAAUUGAUUUUUUUUCUCCUAUAGAAAGAUAGCUAUAAAGAACAGUUCAAACUCCUUUAUGUUCCUCCAGGCCCAGACCAUUUUUGCCUGACAAUUGCAAAUCAGGGCAGAGAAAAUAAAAUUGUGUAGCUUUGUAUAGUUUACUUUAAAAAGAAAGGAAAUCUUAAGAAGAUUGUGAAACCACAGUUUCAUUAUUAUCCUAAUCCUUCUGCAACUCAAAUUACAUAUUGCGGGAGACAUUUUCAUAUCAUCGACGUGACAUUUAUACCACACUUUCAAAGAUAAUCACUGGAAAAAAAAAAUGUCUUUCUGAGCUAAAAAUAUGCAGAGGCUCUGCCUAGAAUCUUUAUUCAAAUUCUUAUUAGCCAGUGAAACACUUGCAUGCCAACUGCAGAACCAUAUUUAUUAAGUUCUAGCAUGUUUCAUUUAAGGAGAGACACCUAGCUUAGUAACGGCAAGUUGCCAUUUUGGAAACUAUGUAUUUUGGAUUGAGAUUUCUUAAACCUUUCCUCAGAUCUCCCACAAGUAUAUACUUUUAAAUUAUGGAGUAUUUUAAAUAUACAAAAAGGUAUAAAUAAUAAUAUAAUGAAUCUCUAUAUACCUAACACCUAGUUUAAGAAAUCAGAUAUAACAAAUAUAGUUACAUCCCCCUGUGCACCCUUGCCUUAUUCCACAAAUAUCUUUCUCAUAAUUACGAAAUGAUAGUUUUAGACUGGUUUUUUUAACUUUAACACCAGAAUAAUAAUGAACAACUAUUUGUGCAUGUUUUAAAUCACAACCCAUGCCUCAGGAGUCCAAUUAAAUUUAUUUUACUUGAAGAGAAAUAAUAAAAAUGCUUCUUUAAAUAACAAGAAGACAUUCUAAAGCCUAUGGUCACUGUGUAGCUCAUCUUAGUUAAUUUGUGGCACAUUUGCUUUUGUCAUGACACAGUUUGGUGUUGAAACCACCCUGCCUACACCUUUUAAGAGCUUCUUUGACCACUGUGCUUUUCUUACCGUGUUUCUCUUAUCCUAGGCUUAUAUUUCUCACAAUGUGAAAUAUAAUGAGACUCACGUAGGGCAGCAUGUGAGUUUUAGGAUACGGUAGCAAUUGUACCUUUGAAUUCCUGUCUUCCAAAUUCAAUGCCAGACCCUACUGAUGGCCUCAGAGCACACUGACUCUUAGACAACUGGGGUGAUAACAGAUCAAUUCAAGCAGAUUAUAUUAACUUGUAUUUUGUUAAAUACUUAAGGAAAAUUGUCUUUAGGCCAAAAGCAGAGGGUCCAAUUUAUUGAGGGAUAGAUUUCAUCUUGGGAAAUACCAUCAUAUUAUUGUAAAUUUUGCCAAAAGAAGAAUUUAUGAAAUAUUUAUACUAUUAAAAUGCAAUAACAUCCUACUUGAUACACUUAAGUCCUUAUGUAACUGAAUGUUUACAUGCCAAAAGAAAAAGUUAGAAGAAAAUGCUGUCACAGGCCCAUCAAUGUGACAUUGCCAGCACAAUAUUGCUUGCUUAUAAUCUUUAUAGUGUAUUUGUAUCACAUAACCUCAGAGUAUCUUUACCAAAGAUUUUUAAACUAAAUCUCUUUUUAAUGUAGACUUGUACUUUUAUAAUAAUGAAUGUGCACACAUUGUUAAGCACAAAUAUUUAGAUUUAGAUAUUUUUUCUUUCACUAGGUAUAAUAAGGAAAGGAUCCUACCACAUUUUAUUCUGGGAUUUCUUAAAUAUAUGAUUUAUAUUACUUUCUUAUCCUUUCUAUUAAUCAUUUGAUUUAAAUAAUGCCAAGUCACACUUAACUGUUUUAGUUACAUGAAAUGUUGCCUAUAACAGAGAUAGAAAGAUUGUCUUAGCUAAUGAUUAUACUUACAUUGUCUUUUGGUAUAUCAUCCUGAGUGUUAUCACUUAAAUACAUAGAUAAGAGGAAAAAUAUCAAAGAGACUAUAACAAAGUUUGUAAAAAUACACAUGCUUUUAAAAAUUGUCAACAGCACAAAUAUUUGGUAAUUCUGUGUAAUGUGGAAAACAUGGGAAAGAAAAACAACCCACUAUGUCAUGGGCUCUACAGGCCAUGUCAAAAUGAGAUUUCUUAAUUAUUUGGAUCCCCAGCUCAGACAGACUCAGUGUUGAGCUUCAUUGGCAAACAAAAUCACCUAUAAAACUCAAAAACAUAUGUGUCUCAGCAUAAGACAUCAAAGUUGUAAGGUGCUGGUCUCUGUUCAGCUCAAAGAUGUGGGUUAUUUUUCUUGUUAACACCUUAUUUUUUCUGUACAAGCAAUUUACUAUGUUUGGGGUAUGCUGAUUCAUGAGGUGAACUUACAACAUUAUAUCAUUUUUUAUGAAAGAUUCUGAAAAGAUGUUUAUGGUAACGUUUACAGGAUAUAAAACUCUAACUGCAUUGAAUCAAGUAUUUGGUGUUUUGGUCCAGAGGGAAAAAGAGUACUUUCUCAAUGGAGCAGUAGCAUAGAGUUGGUAAAGUAAAAACAGGACUCUGAAAAGACACAGUUUCCAACGAUCUUCCUCAUUAGUAAAAAUCCUAUUAAUGUGAACCAGCCAGGGAUAACAGUGUUAUUUCUAUUUGAUGUGGUUUGCGCUUCUCUUGUCAAAUCUGUGUCGGCUGCCCCCUGACCCUUCCAUUAUCAAGUUUUGAAGGGUGUUGGGGAAAUUAUGGCAGCUGCUAGGGAGAUCAGGGAAACACUGAUGUAACCUCACAGCCUCUCACCAUUUCUCUUGGCUUGGAAAGGCUUCUUUUUCAUAUACAUUUCUAGAAAUAUUGCUAUUCUACCUUAGUAUUUCACAUUUGUAGUUUAAACAAGCGAUUGUCCAUCUGUUGCCUAGAGCUACAGUACAUGUGUGUUAUGAAUGAAAUAUGACAGCAUGUUCCAUACCCCUGCUUUAGCCAUCUGUAGGAAACCAGCAAACUGAAAAAGAUAUAUACCUCAGCAAAAUGUGCCUCAAGCCCAUUUCCUGGGAUCAGUUUUUGUGCACUUUCAUGAGAGACAAUCAGAGAGCAAUACAUAUGUGUGCCUUAUUUUUUAAAAUUCUACUUACACUACUAUAAAUCCUCCACUGAAAGUCAAAUAAUGUAAAUAAUCUCCAAAUCAUAAUGUCAAAAAAAAAAAUGAAAUCCAGAGAGGUCCCAAAUUGUUAUGUUAAUGUAGUCUAAUCGUACUUUUCUCCUUUUGGAAGCACCUUAUGGGCCCUUAAAGUAGGAAACCCUUUCUUAUGCCAGAAGGUAAUAUAUCGGAUGUGGCUUGUGUUAAUGCUUUGAUCUUUCUCUGGUUUGGGUCAGAUAAUGAAGGCAGAGACUUUAACGUGAAUGUUUAACAUCCAUUCAGCAUAUCCAUUAUUUUGAGUUACUUGAGAUUGUAUGUUUCUUUGUCUAGUAAUGGACAGAUGAGUUGGGAUCCCUCGUUGUGAUCAAGUCAUUCAUAGAGUACAAUUAUGAGCUUUUCCAUUCAAAUUAUUUGACAGAUAACCAGACAGAAUUCCUCUCAUAAAACUACUAUUUGGUUAGCAUAGUUUUAUUUCAAGCCUUUAAAAAAAUUACCUGACUGAAGCUACUUUACUGUGACUCUGAGAAUUUCUUAUUCACUUUCACCUUUCCUCCCCAGCUCCUUCUUUCUUUCUUCCAUCCUGUCUUACCAUCUUUCUUUGUUAUCUUCAUUCCUUCUUUCCAUCCUAUUUAUCUUGUCAUGCUUGGACUUUUCAUAAGUUAAACCAAUGCAUUAUGAUCCUUCUGGAAUUAUGAUCAUUUUAAGGGGGAGUUAAUUCAGAUUACCAGAAAAUAUGUGGCAUCCAUAAAAUCUUCAUUAAAAAGGGCCUAUUUUUCAAGCUGUGUUUCUUCACAAAGUGAGAUAAUGUAUUAUACUUUUGUUUUUAAAAUUUUUCAUUAGGGAUCCAUGUCAUUGAUUCCUAGAAAAUUCAUCUAUGGCUGAUAUCAUUUCCUCAGCUAUAUAUAUUUAAAGCGAUAUAUAAGACUAGAUUAGAUUUUCUUUUUAAUCUAAGGCAUUUAGACCACAUUUUAGUGAUGGGUUAUUAUUUUAUUCUAUUGAAAUUUGAUAAUUUCCUUAUGUCAAGGAAAAAUAGCUGUAUUUUAUCAAGGAAAAUUAUCUUUCCAGAAGUUUAACACAUAUUAGAACUUGGUGCAUGAUUAUAAUAGUAAAUCCUAAGUAGCUGAAUCAGAGCAGUUUUCAGGGGAUGGAUCAGUAAGUCUUUCUUGGUGCAUAGAUUACAUAUAUAUUUUCCUUCAAUACAGAAAAGACAGACACUAAUUCUUUAUUUACUAUCCUGGCUCUUGUGCAAUAAGAUGUAGACUCCAUUUUAUAGGCAACAUGCAUGCAACUUAAUUUGUGGAGAGCUGUGUGAGAGAUGCAUUUUUAUUAAGCUGAUUGAAGUUACAAAAAAUACUGAAAUCUGUGUUCUUUAAUUCUGAUUGUUAUUUAAUUUACAGAAGUCUCUAACCACACUAACAGAUAUCUCUACUUCUAGCCUUAUUAUAAACAAACUUAAUACUCUACAAAUACUUAUACAGAGAGUUUGGGAAGCCUGCAGCUAAUUCCUUUGUAAAACUUUAAGAGAUUUACAUUGGGUUGGACGUUGGCACAGUGGGUAACAUACUUCCUAGGAUGACCGCAUCCCAUAUCUGAGCACGUAGUUUUGAUUCCUGGCUCCACUUCUGAUUUCAGCUUCCUGAUAAUACACAUGUGAGGAGGUAGCAGGUGAUGGUUCAAGUACUUGAGUCCCUGCCACCAUGUGGGAGACUCAGGUUGAGGAGUUAAGUUCUUAGCUUUGGUCUGAUCCAGACCCAGCUGUUGCAGGCAUUUGAGGAGUAAGCCAGCAGAUGGAAGACUGAUUUGUUCUCUCUCUCUCUCUCUCUAAAAUAAGUAAACAACAUAUUUAAAAAGGUGCUUGCCUUCAGCCUUUUCUGCCACACAGCUUUAAUUUUUCCAAGAUACUCAUUCAUUUAGUGACAAGAGAAAACUUUAUUCAUAUAACUCCGAUCAACAUUUAGCUAAUAUACCCAAGUUAAAGUCGUAUUACUUAGCCACACAUGCAUUCAGUCAAUUUGGCAUGUCAUUUAUAACUUCUGUUCUAAACCCAAGGGGUAGAAAGAUGUACCAGGAAUGGGACAGAUGUCACCAUUCAUCUUGUGUUCUAUAGCACAUAGAAUUAAAGUUGAUGCAGGCACCAGUGAUGUUCAUAGAUAAACAGAGUCAUGGGCCUUUUAAAGAUCUCAUUCUCCUCUUUUAUGUUUCUAGUUAUCAUCCCAAAUCUUCUUAGAUCGGGACAGUAUGUGCUACUGCUCACAGCAGUCCAUUUGUUGUCUCUAGCUAUACCAAACAAGGCAGAUUUCUAAAUGUUUGCCACGUUAGGUCUAAUAACACCAACUGUUCCACAUCUUUCCCCAAUUAUUCACAUGGUACUAAGUCCCAUAAGUGGUCCCAAAAGUAUUUUCUAAUGUUUUAGUCAAUUCAUUGAAACUUAGCAAUCACUGUAGGUCAGUCAAUGGAAUUGGAGCCAGCCAAAGGGAAUUUCUCCCAAGCACUCAGAACCAGAGGAUUGAAAGCUAGCUAUGGAUUCCUUCACAUGGAUCACGGAGUCCUCUUCCUUAACGUUCUACACUAUUUUUGGUGCUGCCAAAGUCAAAGUAAUUCUGACAACAGGAAGCAAGCUAUUGCUUAUGCCAUCCGUGAGAUUCCUGCUUUGUCAAUUCAUAAAGUCUCUUUAGCCCUUCCCUUUAUCCCUGCCUUCUCAAGAAUAAGACUUUUCCCCAUACAGAAUAUGGGAAAAGAGUUCUGUGUACAUAGUAACUGUUUGGCUUUGAGAGUCCCUUCCAUUCAUUCUGGGCUCACACGUUUGUACCUAGUGAUGUUUGUGCUUAGACCAAGGGAGCAUCUUCCCUCCGUGGAUUGAUUAGAUACUGUGUGUAGCAGUACAUGUUUUCUCUAAAGUUUUGUUCUCUCACCAUUAUUAUUCCUUCUGAAUAUCUUCAUUGUAUUAAUCAUGACCUAAUUACUGUUAGAGGUUCAGCCACGAAUAACUUCUAUUCAGGCUAACUGCAAUAGGAUCAAUCUGGCUUGAUCUGUACAUACUCUACAGGAAGCAGUAUGGCAUGGGGAUGAGUGAGUAAGCCUUCAUGGAGGAUGUGCAAUUCAGUAAAAAUCUUGAGUUGAUCCAUUAACUUGAUUUGGAAGUUGAAGAAAGAAUAUUUUGAUCACAACAGGAAAGCACAGGAAAAUAUUGCCUUGGUCAAACUGUCACAGACUCUGGAAUUUUCUGUUUACCAAGAGAAAAGCCUUCUGAAUAUUCAGGGUCAGUUGGAAGGAAAAGGCAUAGAGGAAUACUAACUGCAUUGUUACCAGCUUCUACAAAUCAGGAUGCGUUGUCAAAAUAAAACCCAACAUGUACAGUAUGAAGUAGCCCUCCAUGAACUUGACUAUAACAUUAAAAAUCUUGUUCCUGUUGGUCUACAAUCAUCCUCCCUUCUUGGAGUGAAUGUUUAUGUCCUUUGAACUCCUCAAAGAGAAAAAGCAGAGCACCUCAUGUUCAUACGGAUUCUAGGUACACGAUUAGAAAGACUCUCCCGUCAUCUAUUCCACUGGCUCUAUAAUUCCCUUAGAGAUUCAUUAUGAACAGAUUGUCCAGACUCUGUUUAAAUUUCACCUGUGUCAGGGAGCUCAUUUCCCCCUUGCACUUUGUUCCAAACACCCACUGAUACUAAACAAAACCAGCCUUUGGGCCUAUGUUCUCUUUGGUUCCACACAAAACUAAUCUGAAGGACAUAAAAAAUGUUGCUUCCUUCUUCCAUUUUCUUUCCAUAUAUAUUUUUGUUUGGGGGCAAUUCUUUACUUUUAUAUACAAGAAAAAUAACUGAUUUUAGCUGAAGAUUAUAAAAAUCUUUUAACAUCCCUAAAGAAUCUAGAGGAUUUCCUGAGUUUGGUAUAUUAUAGUUUUUUAUUGUUGGUUGUACUCUUUCUCAGAAGACAUAAUGUUUGGACAGUUGUUCUAUAGCUUCAUAUCCUCUUCCAGUCACUAACCCCUGGACAGUACAGUCCAUUUAUCUGACCUGUUGAUGAUGACCUUAAAAAUAUUGUGAAAUGUCAGUUUGUUAGCUCUAGCUCUAACAAGAUAAAAGUCAAAAGCAAAAUACAAUGGCAUUAUUGAAAUUCAUUACUUCUGGUCAGUUCUGUGCAAAGCAAUAUCACUCUCGAGGGGAAAGGGCUGUAUUGUGCUGUAGUUUAGAGAUGAGCAAAUUCUUUCUGCCACAGGUUGCUAUUCAGUUUAAGUAGUAUUCCACAGUCUUUGGGAAAACAGGAAUUGUGGCUUCUUCUACCUCAGCUUUGAAUUAGACAGCCCUGUAGGCAGAACUUGCCAUCAGUCUUCUGGGAAGGACCUGGGGGUAGCUUUCUGAGCUCUAAAAUAAUAAUUCCUAAGAGAGCUUACAAACUGCUUUCACACAUAAAACAGCCCUGGAAGGAAGGUUAUUAAUAGCCCUAUCCUAGAAGAGAAAGCUGAGGCUCAGCAUCGUUAAGUGACUUGCCAAAAGCAAUGCAGCUGGCAAGUGGCAGAUUUGGGGAUGUACUCAGAUCUUGCAAGUCCAGUGCUGUCUGCGAGAGGCCGCUCUUGGGGCUGAAAGUAACUUAGAGGACAUUACGUACUUUUCAGACUACCCCGGCCCCUGUUAGAAGUCAUCCAGGAAAAUUUGCUUAGACUGUUUGGCUCUCAAUGGCAAGUCCACAUGUGUACUGUGCUGCUUGAGGUCAUUCAAAGCCUGCACCCAACUUCUGUGUCCUCUGGUGAAGAAGCCACUAGAUAUUCUGAUCAACACUGCAAUUAAGUUGGUGAGGAAAGACCACUGAUGAGAACAAACAACUGGCACCAAGGCACAUCGCAGCACAUUUCCCCAGAGAGACUUAGUUUAUAUUUCAUUCACCGAAGCCUCCCUGGCACUGUCAGGUUCAGAAUACCGACUGAGACCACAUCACUUAGAAUUCACCAACACGCAGGGGUGACUUGAUCCUGAAGACAAGCUUUUCUUUCGUAGGCCACAAUGUUUGCCCCCACAGCACAACAACUGCUUAGGUAAACAAUGCAUAUCAUUGUUUCUCUUGGUUCACGUUUAUUGAUUGUCCACCAAGAGUAUGUUGCUGCAACAGGGAUUUCUGAUUCCAUCAACCCAUGACCUUGAAAUGCCUGUGAACCAGUGCCCUGGGACUGAUGGCAUUUCUGAGAUUUGACCUUUGUCACUUGAGAGACUGCACUUCCUAGGCUGUUGUAACUUUCUGAUUUGUGUAUUUUCAUCACAAGGAAUUUGGUGCCUCCAGAAAACCUAACUGGAAAACUUGAGCAACCCAAAGUUCUCUACACUGGAGCUCAAUAACAGGCUCCUGCCCUGAACUGUAUCCCCCAGGAAGCUGGGCCCUCUGGAUUGUACUCUGGGCUUUUUACUUCCUCUCCUUCCACCCUCCCAGUUGUUUGUUAGAAUCUGUGAACUGAAAGGAAAAACAAUCCUUUCUCCACCUUAAAUCACUUGCACUCAGUGUAAGAAACCUUAAAACUGAGAUGAUCUAGUAAGGUCCUAGGCAUUGUCCCUCUUGUGUCUUCCACCUACCAACCAGCAUCAUUUGGUCAUUUGCUUACUUCCUGGGAUUAAUGAAAGCCAAGUUACUUGUUAAUUGGGCUCUCUUGCCAUCCCCGUCUUCCCACAUGAAGAAGACAGGAGACACCAACAGGACCUGUAAAUUGGUGGCCUUGACCUAGACAGCACAUGCAGAAACUAGUGAGGGGCCUUGUCUUCCUGUGAGGCUUGAUGAAUGCAAGGCCAGUGGGGCGGGGCAUGAUUCCCAUGGAUUAGGGUGGGUGCUCCAGCUUUCCCCACUUCCAAGAGUGGAUAAGUGGGAGGAGCAUGUUGAGCACUUCCCAGAGUAUUGUGCAAGUACGCCUGAGCAGAGACUCACAUGGGUAGAAGUGUGCUAUCUUCAUGGAAGGAAUAAAAGGAAAAUUAAAUGGUUAUUAUGAAGGGGGGGGCUUUAUUUUCAAAUACCUUUAUAAAUCAGACAUAAGCCCUGAUUUAUCUUUACAUAGUCAAAAAACUAAGGGAAAAUUUUCUUUCCCUACUCUAUACAAUAUCAUUCUUCAGAUUUAGGAAAAAAUACAAUUCUGUUUAACACACACACACACACGCAUGCACACAUACACACAUACCACUUCCAAAAAAGCUGAUCCUCCAAAAAAGAAAUCUUAUUUUAAAACACUUGGGUUUUUCAGGCCAGGAAAUUAAUAAUUCCUAGACCUGACCCAUUUUUGAAGCUGCCAAAAAGCAAAGAAAAAGCUAUUUAAAUUUUGUAUGGAUCCAUUUAUCUCUUUAAAUAUGCCAAAGCAAUUUGAGGUGGGGGUAGAAAUGAAGGUAUUUAUCUCUCUUGCUUGGUUCCCUCUUAUAUUUUUAUCUGUCAAGAAAAGGAUAAAGAACUAUUCUUGGGCUGUGAUUAUUGACUCACUGUGUUGCCAUUCUGGAUGGUACCUGCUUUGCUUCACGGUGAGGCACAGUAAUAAUAGUUGCUUUCUUGACUUUUUUUCUACAUGAGGAGGAAAUAUUAAGUCUGAAUGUCUUUCCUCACCAAAUUAUUUGACUGUGUAUCUGAACUAGUUUAGAAAAUGCAAAAUUUGGGGGAAGAGUUAGUUUCUCUUUGACACAUUUCUGCUUUUUUUCUUUCCUUGGAUCUUAAAUGUAAAACCAGAACCAAAGCAAAAAACAAGCCAGUACUGUCUCGUCGUUCUCUUUCUUUUUGGCAGUGGUGUCACUCACUCUAAUUAUCAACCAGAAAGUGGAGAAUAGCUUAGCCAGGUUUCGAUGCAUCUGCCCCAUGUAUUUCAUUCCUUUUCACACAGACUGAGAGGGAAAGAGAUUUUUAACAUUUAAUUUUCAAUGAGAGAAAUGCUCUCAUAUUUUAGCUUUGAAAUAAUAAAAGAAGUUGAGAUUUAGGAAAUGUUUGCAUUGUACUAAUCAUGUAUUUAAAAAAAAAAAAGUCUGCCUAAUUUCUAAAAGAGGGUCAAGUGCAUCAACAUAUCAGGGUUACAUUGCCAAAAAAUCAGAUCCCACACUAGGCAACAGACUGAAACUUCUAGCCACCAUAAAUUCUGAACUUCAAUGGAAAAGAGAGAGAGAGGACCCUAGGAACAAAGUCUUGACAGCAGUUUCCUAUAGUGAAGUAGCAACAAAAUCAUUUUUAAAUGACUAUCUUUUCCUUUUACUGCCCCCCCCUUUUAUCUUGGGAAAGCUGAUGAGCAAAUUUUCCAAGACUUCUCUCCUUAUCCAACAAACUAAUAAUACUUCCCCUCCAAAAAUCUGAAUCGUAUCCCCAUUUUUUUAAAGAAACCAAAGAGUACAAUUAAAAGAUGAUUGUCUGAUUUUUUAGCAUGAAUGAAAUUCAUCAAGUAUUUUAGUAUUCCUUAAGCAAAAACUUAAACUUAGAUGCAAAACUCUUACAGCUAGGUGUCACAAUGCACAUUUACAUGUUCACCGUACAGCGAAUUACUUUUAGUUUUUGCUUUUGCUUUUAACCUGUACCUUUAUCACUACUGUAACAGGUUUGUGGCUUCUCUUUCUGUACUGCUAAGAAUGGGAAUAUGUGCAAUUAUGAGAGGUACAGAAAAAAAAACUAAGUAGCAAAUCUGUGCCACGAAGUAGAUGUGACAGGAAGACACAGGGCCUGUGCAUGGUAAUUUUCCCUGAGCCGCACACACAUGCUUUUAUUUCAUGGCUUUGUCACAGGCUUUUCUCCUUCUGUGCCGUCACCUUUGAGAGAAAUGAUUGCACCUUCUCCAAGUCUGCCUUUUCAACAGCUACAGUCGAGUUGGCAAGACGUCCCCAGCUCUGAAUAUAGCCAUUUGCCGACUUCGGCCUCUUUGUGAGACUGACUCAGAUCUGUGAUCUUCUGUUCAGCAUACACAUCAGCAAAGUGAGAAGAUGAACACUAAAUAUAGGCUGUAUUAACUUUACUUUUAGAUUUACUGCCUUCAAAAAGUGCCUAUUCUGAGAAACAUAAACGUUAUUCCUACAUAUGUAUGUACACACGGUACCCAGAGUCAUACUGUUAAGCGUCCAAAAACAUACCAUCAGGAGGAGGAUGUGCUGAAAUAAGGAAAGCUUGCCAAGUGGAAGAAAGUCCCUCGUUCCAGUGUCCCCUUGCAAGUGGCUACCAUGUAAUGGGCCGCUGGCACAUCCCACUGCAUUCCUUGCUGAUCCAGCCACUUUACGUUUCUCUUCUACUGGAGGGUGGCAUAUUGCUGAGGUUUCCUGUACUCUGCUGCAAGGCAAUAUAUACUUUAUAGAGUUGGAACAACUAUUCAGGAAGAAAAGAUGCUUGAGAGAAGUAAUGGAGCCAGGAUCUGUAUUACGAUAUGUAUCAUACUGUGUGUUUUACAAACUAAGCAUUGGUGGGUUUAGAGUGUCAGCACGUUUCCUCUCCUUUUAUCUCCCAGGCUAACAUCAGAGAAAACUAAAGAAAAUUCCUGGCUGUGAGAAUUGGAGGCUUAGGAGGCCAAAUGUCCCUGCCAGAUCCUUAGAGCAUUUUUACUUUGACUCCUAAAAAUAGUAGCCCAUGCUAUCUGACGGCUUUUGUUUCUAUCGGUCUGUCACUGACGGGAGCGCUGUAGACAUUACCAAAGGAGCAGCAGCACAGCCUUGAAUGGUGGACUCUUACCCAGUGGUAGUACUAGCAGAGAGUCCAGGUAAAUAGGACGAGGUAGACAGUACAUGAUUGAAGAAGGGUUGAAGGGAGGACGUGGUUCCAAAAAAGAUCCUUCUCAAUGUGUCGUCUGACUCAACCAGCUGGCAGAGUACACUUGCCAAGUCGUUCCCUUUCCUUCUCAGUCGUUGGACUCCAUAUUCACUUGAACAUGCCUCCUUUAGGGAAAACCGAGGAACUUCCAGUCGGCCUUUUCCCAAGGAAGUCCUUGAUGUCCUCUUGGUCCAUCUUGGUUUCACCAGAUGGAAGUAAAGGGGGGAAAGCUAACAAGUUGGAAUCCAUGCAUCGCAGUCAGCCACUCUCUUGUUUUCCACCUAGAAAGCACCAUUACAUUAAGUACAGGUGAAGGGAGCAGACAUCACUACGUCCUAAUUUCAGAGUAGUAACUAUCCUGCUUUAGACAUCAUUUUCAGACCAGUUGACCCUUUUGAACAAAGAGUGAUACUCUUCACUAAAAAUGUCUAUUCUUGCUGUUGAUGUUCCUUUUCUGUGUCUGCCUUUUACAAUGUCAGCACUAGUCAUUUUCUGUUUUUUAGAGAAUUAGAUUUGUGUACUGGUAAAGAGUUAAACCUCUGUGUUGUCAUAGGGCUUUGACAGAUAGUUUUCCUCCUUGUAAACAAACAAAUGGACUGGGAAAGACACAAAAUGGUCUUUCUUUAGUUUCAUGAUGAUUGUGACCAUAAGAGAUAGUUUUACAUGUCAAGACUAAAUGGUGUUUGCAGUGGAUAGAUCAAAAGAAGCAGGUGGGGGGUAGGGACAGGAAGAAGCCAAGUUGUCUGUAUUCUAGAUGCAUUUACUAAGAGCAGGCACUUUGUACCAGCUAAGCACAAUCAGAGCCCAGUGUGAUCAGCUGCUAGUGUGAAGAUCCUUCCCUGUCUCAGGGAAAGCCACACAAAAACACAUAGGGAUGUCUUUGCUCACAUGUGUGAUACUGACAGAGCCAUGAUACUCCUACAAUAUAGAGGGCUUUUGUUAUUUUAUUCUUAGCAAAUUAUAUUCAUUCACUACAUCAUGAACCAUCACUGACAUAUCCAAAAUAGUAUAUGUGGUUUCUUAUGAAAAUAAGAGAAUAAAACCUGUUAUAAGCAAGUGAUUUGGGUAUUUUCUUUUGUAUUUAUACAUUAUUCAGCUAUGUUAAAACAUGUUUCUAUUUGUAUCAAUUUUCUCUGUCAAUUAUGUUUUUCAAAUUCUCUAGAAAAAUAGAUCUGAAAAUCACAUUUCUUUUUCUGUAAAAUGACUGCAACUACUUUAUUAUGUUUAGAAAUCCAAUAAACUUCUUAUUACACAUA